UUGCUUUGUGCCCUCGGCAUAGAAUGUCUUAUAACUGAGUCCUGACAGAUAUUAGUUUACAGCCAUGAGUGACUGGUCUUACCUGUCCAAACUGCUAGUCAAGGUCCAGUCUCACUCUACUGUGGUAGGGAAGAUCUGGAUGAGUGUCCUCUUCCUGUUCAGGAUCUUCGUCCUGGGUGCUGCCGCAGAUAAAGUCUGGGGAGACGAAGUGUCUGAAUUCAAGUGCGACUCUCAGGAACCGGGAUGCCAACACGCCUGCUACAACUGGAUGUUCCCAAUUUCUUACGUUCAUUACUGGGUCCUGCAAAUCACCUUCGUGUCAACACCUACCCUGUUCUACCUGGGCCAUGCUGUUCACAUCAUUCAUAAAGAGAAGAGGAUGUUGGAGCAGUUGCAAAGCAACACUAAUGGAAAAAUACUGAAGAGGCCCAAAUAUACAGAUGAGAGAGGGAAGGUGAAGAUAAAAGGCAUCCUCUUUUGCACUUACAUGACCCAACUGAUCUUUAAAAUCAUUCUGGAGGUGGGAUUCGUUGUGGGCCAAUUCUUCAUCUAUGGACCCAUCUUCAUGGUCGCCUACUUCCACUGUACUAUUUCUCCACCUUGUGCUCGUUUCAGCGGUGCCCAGUGUUACAUUUCUCGUCCCACAGAGAAGACAAUCUUCAUCAUCUUCAUGCUUGUAGUUUCAGGCAUAUCUGUGCUCCUGAACAUUAUUGAAAUUAUCUACCUGAUCUGUAACAAGAGAAGAGACAGCAGGAAACAGGUUAUAGCUCGGCAGGGCAUGCUGAAUUCACCGAAGUACCCAUCCAACACAACAUGGGAGCCCAUGAGUAACCAGUAUGGAGGCUCCCCAAUGCUGCCUCUGCCUGUUCACGGUGUGACACACCACUGUAGUGAUGAGAAACACAUUGACUGCAGUAAAGAGAAGGACACUUGAUACAUGAAUCAAUGCUGAGUGUUUGCUCAGCAUUGAACAACACUCUGUUGUUCUUUUGCUUAAUUUACACUAAAAUAUUUACUGUUUCUUUUAUGUGUUCAAUAGUUUGAUCAUGUGAAAUGUUCUUCUUGAUUGAAUUAUCUGUGCUUCAGGAUAAUGUUAACAAUAUCCAAAUGAUCUUUGCUGUGUUUUUCAUCAACUUAAGUUCAAUCAAAUAAAUGAAUUUACAAAAAUAAGGGUUCACUAUAUUGCACUCUGAUUGGUCGAUGACAGCAGUUCCCCUGUGUCAGACAUGGUGAGUCGAGUACAGCUGUAAUUAUGGACUCUGGAAGAAUUUCAGUCAGUCUUCAUUGAAGGAGGUGAAAGUACAUAAUAUCACAUAAG